AACAGUAACUUACACAAAGUUUUAAAUCACGACGGUAAUGUGCGCCAAAUGCCGCAACGAACAGCUGAUUACGAAACAGCCCUGUUUUUGUCUAUACGAAUUUAGCUAUUUAUUGAAAUUAAAGGAGUAAUUUAUAAGCAACUAGAAAUAAAUAUAAAAUAGUGAUAAAAUGUCAGUUUGCACAUCCGCUGAGAUAGCAGAGAAACGUCGCAUUGCACUGGCUAAGCUGCAGGCAAAAACUAAACAAGGCCCGCCAACAAAUUCAAAUGCAAAACCUGCUUCAAAUAUUUUGAGCGCAAAACCAGCUGCCAAUUUUUAUAAAUCUCCGCCAGAAAACACAACAAAAGCAGCUGCUAUUAGUAAUAACAAUAAUAAUAAUAACAGUAAUAAUAAGAGCUCGGCUUUUCUGAAUGCACUCAAGGCAAUUAAAUCAACAUCCGCGCGGGAAUUGAGCCGUCAAUCUACGCAUCCUUAUCAGCGUCCAAAAUCGUCUCUAAAACUAAGUCCCGAGAAAUUGGAGCAGCCUGUAGAUAAUGGAGCUUUGGCGCCUGUUUUUACAAAAUCCAUCAAUUGUCGCACUUAUAUGAUAAGCGCUCGACGCUUCGCCAUCGAGCCCUCGGGCUAUCAUGCGAAAUUGAUUGAGGUCUUUAAGAACAUACCCAGUAAAUCUUACGAUAGUCAAACGCGCAUUUGGAAUUUCGAACUCGAGGAUUAUCAGUUGUUGCAGCAACAUGUGGGCGAUCUCAAGCCUCAAGUGCUCCUGGGCACCAUACCAAAGAAAGUGAUUAAGUUGUGCCAGCAGCCAGCAAAGUCGCUGGAACGCAGCGUUUUGGCUUCGAUAGACGAGAAACUGGCCGAAAAACUAAUGCCCUUCCAGAAGGAGGGCGUCUGCUUUGCGAUUGCGCAGCAAGGUCGUGUCAUGAUCUGUGAUGAAAUGGGCCUGGGUAAAACAUAUCAAGCGUUGGCUGUUGCUGAUUAUUUUCGGGAGGAUUGGCCACUGCUCGUAUGCACCACGGCCAGCACAAGGGAUACCUGGGCUCGACAUAUUACCGAAUUGUUACCGUCGGUGCCGGUGCACUGUGUCCAGGUGCUGGCCAAUAAUCAAUAUUUGCAGGAUGCCAAGGUGCUCAUCGCCAGCUACAACAUGAUGGAGCGUUCCAUAGACAAACUCUUGCAGCGCAAGUUCGGCUUUGUCAUCUACGAUGAAUCGCACACGCUCAAAAAUGGCAAAGCCAAGUGCACAGCAGUUGCCAAGCGCUUGGCGGAUCAAGCCAAGCGAGUCAUUUUGUUGUCCGGGACGCCGGCAUUGUCCCGUCCCUUGGAGCUCUUUACGCAGCUGCAACUCAUCGAUGGUCGCUUCAUGACCUUCAUGGAGUUCACUAGUCGCUAUUGUGAUGGCAAACAGACGCAGUUUGGCUGGGAUGCCAAUGGACAAUCGAAUUUGGAGGAGCUGAAGGUGAUCUUAACGCUCAAAUACAUGCUGAGGCGUACCAAAGCUGAGGUCUUGCCACAGCUGGCCGAGAAGAAUCGUGAAACAGUUGUGUUGGAUCCGGCUUUGGUCUGGACGAAUGAUGAUGCCAAAAGCACAUGCAAUCAAUUUAAUACGGCUCUACAAAAUGCCAAAGGCAAAUCUCGGGAGGAGGUUUUACUGCGAUUCUAUGCGCGCACAGCGGAGGUGAAAACGAGGGCAGUCUGCGCAUAUUUAAAGACUUUGGUCAAGGAGCAGCCGAAGUUUAUUAUAUUUGCGCAUCAUCGCGUGAUGAUGGAUGCGAUUAGUGAUUGCCUGCGUGAACUUAAAGUGCAAUUCGUACGCAUCGAUGGUCGAACGGUGAGCGAUGUUCGAGCCGACUAUGUGGACACAUUCCAAAAGAAGAGCAGCUGCAAGGCGGCUGUGCUAUCCCUAAAGGCCUGCAACUCAGGCAUCACUCUGACGGCAGCCGAGUUGAUCGUAUUCGCUGAGCUCGACUGGAAUCCAAGCACUUUGGCGCAGGCAGAGAGUCGAGCCCAUCGCAUUGGCCAAACAAAGCCAGUGAUUUGUCGUUAUUUGAUGGCUCAUCAAACAGCGGAUGAUAUCAUCUGGAAUAUGCUGAAGAGCAAGCAGGAGGUGCUCAGCAAAGUGGGCAUCUUUGGCGACAAUCUACAGCAGGCCACACACACAGCAGCGCCAACAACCUCCCGAAAAAUAGAGCAGUACUUUUCACCGGUCAAGUCCACAUCGGGCACAAUAGAGCAGUAUUGUUUACCUGUGAAGGCAUUGACUACAUCAAACAGCAAUAUGGAAAAACCAACUGGUUCAGAAGUGGACAGUGCACAGGAUAUUGCAGCAUUUUUCAAAGAUGAUGAUGAUGAUGAAGCUUUUAUGGAACUGAAUAUUUGAUGGUUUAGUCAAGGCUUUCGAAUGUUCUGUAUACGAAUGAUGUGCUGAUGAUGAUGAUGGAUCUGGAAUUUAUAUUAAUCAGUCAGUUUUCACAUAAAUCAAUCUGCAGUUAAGUGUCAAUUAUCAUUAACAUGUUAAAUAUUCUACAUGCUAAAAAUUCAU